ACGUCAUGGCAAGUACUGGUGAAGUGAUAUCUGUGGACCUGCAACCGGCCACUCUGCUGUCGGUGAAGAGGGAAAAUGGUAUAGAAACCCGGGUGUAUAUAGCCCCCUGUUCGGAGCCAAGGAUUCCGGAGCCUCUGGCGGUGCAAAAGCCUCUAUCUUACCGCGACCAAAACACGCAGCUUUUCCACUGUACGUACUGUGGCAAUGGAAUUCGCACGGCCGGUGCCUUCAAGGUCCACAUGCUGGCCUGCGAGCGGCGCUUCGAGCAGAUGAAGAAGAAUGGGGUAUUGAUGCCCUCGAUGCAGUGCAGCAUUUGCCAGGGGACCUUUCCCACCGUGGCGGCCUUGAGAAGCCACAGGCUCCUCCACAACAGAACCAAACAAAAGUGCGAGUCCUGCCAUUUGGAGUACGAAACGGAGGUGGAAUAUCGUUCUCACUUGACGAGUUAUCUGAAGACCCCGAAAUCCAAGCAGGACUCCCCCGAGAAUGACGCUUUCACCGUCUCCAAGGCCUUCGAUUGCCUCUUCUGCCGGAAGGCCUUUGUGGCCCACUUUAAACGGGGUCAUGUGACCCGUCGCUAUGCCUGCGACAAAUGUGUCCAGCGACUGAGGAACCAGGAAGUGGAGAGAGCGCGAGCCGUGCCCCCCAAGAGGAAGGCCGAGUUGAGCUGCCACCGUUGUGGGCGGAUGUACAAGCUCGAGGGCUUCUUGAACCGUCAUUUAAAAUUCUGUCAGGGAGAGAUGGCCAAAAAGAAGGAAUAAUGAAUGUUGUAAAAUUAUGAUAUC